AUGCACACCAACGGACUUCUACCAGUGCUGACAGCCCUUGCUGGUGCUGCGUCUGUCACUUCUCAAGCCUUGUCAGCCAGAUACGCUAACUCUACAACUUGCAGAUAUGGCCCAAAUGACAAGUUCUGGCCUUCGAAUCAGACCUGGGCUACGCUAGAUCAGUCCGUAGAUGGCAGACUGAUUAAGAGCGAACCUAUAGCACAGUCGUGUUAUCCGGGCGACAACUUCGACCUUGCGGACUGUGAUUAUGUGACAAAGAUGUGGUCUGACCAGGACUUCAUGACCACCAAUCCCAUUGGAAGACCGUAUCCAUAUAACAUCACUUGUGCACCUGUCAACUACACCUCAGGUGACGUCCCUACAAGCUGCAGUCUAGGUAUCAAUCCUAGAUAUGCCGUCAAUGCCACUACACGCGAUCACAUUCUUGCUGCACUGAAGUUUUCUCAAGAUAAUAAUGUUCGUUUGGUAGUUACAAGCACGGGACACGAUCUGCUUGGCCGCUCAGAUGGUUAUGGCAGCCUGGAGAUCUGGCUACGACAUUUCAGAAAUAGCAUUGAGUAUCAGGAGCAUUAUUUGUCCGCUUCCACAUGCUACAAGUCACAUUGGACGGGAGGUGCUAUUCGAAUCGACGGCGCCUGGCAGUGGGAAGAUGUUUAUCCUGUUGCUAAGGAAAACAAUGUUAUAGUCGUUGGUGGUGGCUCAGUUUCCCCUGGUGCUAUUGGUGGAUGGCCUUCUGGGGGAGGACAUGGACCGGCAACACGAAAUUAUGGCCUGGGUGCAGACCAGACACUCGAAGCCGAGAUUCUUCUCGCUAAUGGUACUAUUGUUAUCGCCGAUCACUGCCACAAUACAGAUCUUUUCCAAGCCAUUCGUGGGGGAGGUCCGGGCUAUGGAAUCAUCCUCACCAGGACCAUCAAGGUCUAUCCUAAUGUCAACACGAUAACUGCGCACCAUCUCGCCAUCGCGCCCCUGGUCAAUGAUAUAACAGGCAAUAACUCUGCUCUACUGGAUGCAGUUACUGUAUUGUUACAGUCAUUUCCAGCCAUGAACGAUGCUGGAUUCUCUGGCUAUGGAUACUGGUUUCGAAACUUUCCAGGCGUUUUCAUACCGCCCAGCUCGACAUCAGGUUACAGCCAUGGUUUUUGGACCAUUAACAAGACCCAGGAAGAAGCCGAAGCAGCAUUUGCGCCUGUGAGGGCGGCACUGCAGAAGCUCAACAGCACUAUCUAUAUGAUAGAAAGCUGGGCCAGCUAUACCGACUAUUGGUCAUUCUACUUCGCUGAGUCAGCCGUCUACGAUCCCACAGGUGAUACGUCUAUCCUAACUUCACGACUAAUCGAUCCCGAGUCUGUGGCGGAUCACUCGACCGUUCGUGGUGCGGUAGAGGUCGUUAGUGGUAAAGUUGACGAAUACACAUCGAACGUAGUUCUCCUAGUUUCGGGUGGCCAGGUCUUCAAGGAUGCAUCAGACAAAUCGUCUGGCUUGCAUCCCGCUUGGCGCAAAUCCCACUAUGCCCUUAUUGCUGGCCGAGGUGUUCCCAAGAAUGCCACCAACGAAGUGAGACAAGCUGCUCAAGAUGACAUCACCUUCGUCAAGGGUGAAGCCCUGAAGAAGCUUGCGCCUGAUACUGGUGGCUACAUGAAUGAGGGCGACCGGAAUGACCCGGAUUGGCGAACUUCAUUCUAUGGAUCCAACUAUGCAAAACUAUUAGCUACAAAGAAGAAGUACGAUCCCGACAAUGUCUUCUACUGUACGACAUGUGUAGGUAGUGAGCAAUGGGUUGAGAGACCGGAUACGCCAUUAUGCAAGACGUAA